AACUGUUUGCUUUUAGUCACUAAGCUCAUCUGUUUCUUUUCCGCCCGUGUCUUUUUGCAUCUAGACAUGUCCGGACGAGGCAAGCAAGGAGGCAAGGCUCGCGCCAAAGCCAAGACCCGCUCCUCCCGGGCCGGCCUGCAGUUCCCGGUGGGCCGAGUGCACCGCCUGCUCCGCAAGGGCAACUACUCGGAGCGCGUCGGAGCCGGCGCCCCUGUGUACCUGGCGGCGGUGCUGGAGUACCUGACGGCCGAGAUCCUGGAGCUGGCGGGCAACGCGGCCCGCGACAACAAGAAGACCCGCAUCAUCCCGCGCCACUUGCAGCUGGCCAUCCGCAACGACGAGGAGCUCAACAAGCUGCUGGGGAAAGUCACCAUCGCUCAGGGUGGUGUCUUGCCCAACAUCCAGGCCGUGUUGCUGCCUAAGAAAACUGAGAGCCACAAGGCUAAAUAAGGAACCAGCUUUGUCAAGUAUGACAAAAGGCUCUUUUUAGAGCCACAUUA